AUGGCGCAAAAGCCGCCGCCGCCGACUGGGACGACGACGAACCCUGCCCCACUCCCAGUCUCCCGUCGUCUCGUUACCCCCCAAGACAACACAAACCCCCACCCCGAUUCGCACAAGGAAACCCAAUUACCCAAGACGAAAUCACAGAACCCCACCGCAUCAAGCCUGGCCCAUGCCAUGUCGCAGCCCGAUUCCGACGCCAUCGUUGCCGACGCCGCGGCGGCGGCGACGGAUCCCUCCCCAGCCCCAGCCCCGGCCCCACCGGUGGUCGAGUGGCCCGAGGGCGGCGCGCUGACGCGGGAUUGGGUGGCGGGGCUGGAAUCCACGCUGGACUGGUGCUCGCGGCACCUCCCCGGGGACCGGCUCCCGGCGGUGCUCCCGCCCGCGCUGGUCCAGCGCCUGGUCCUGGCCGCCGCCGCCAUCCUGCACCGCGAGCCCAACCUCGUCCGCGUCGACCCGCGCCCCGGCCAGGCCGUCGUCGUCGUCGGGGACGUCCACGGCCAGCUCCACGACGUCCUCUUCCUGCUCCGCGACGCCGGGUUCCCUUCCGAGGACCGCAUCUUCGUCUUCAAUGGCGACUACGUCGACCGCGGCGCCUGGGGCCUCGAGACCUUCCUCCUGCUCCUCGCCUGGAAGGUGCUACUCCCGAAUUGUGUGUUCCUUCUUCGGGGAAAUCACGAAUCCAAGUACUGCACGUCAGUAUAUGGUUUCGAGAAGGAGGUAAUGACUAAAUACAAAGAUCAGGGCCCUCAAGUUUAUCGGAAGUUUUUAAGAUGUUUUGAGGACCUUCCUCUAGCGACAAUAAUAGCAGGAAGCGUGUACACUGCACACGGAGGUGUCUUUCGUGGAACGAUUGUUGUGCCAUCGAAGAGAUCAAAGAAGGGAAAGAAGGGUCAUAAAUUCGAAGCGGAUUUUACUGUUGAUCCGACUGCUAUGAAACUUGGAUCCUUAGAUGAGUUAUUGAAAGCAAGGAGAACUGUUCUUGACCCUCCUUGGGAAGGCUCAAAUUUGAUCCCUGGGGAUGUGCUCUGGUCUGACCCUUCCUUGCAGAUGGGUCUUUCACCGAAUAAAGAACGAGGCAUCGGUUUGCUUUGGGGUCCAGAUAUCACUCAACAGUUUUUGCGGACAAAUCAUUUGAAGCUAAUCAUCAGGUCACAUGAAGGUCCAGACGCAAGAGACAAGCGACAUGAUCUCUUAGGAAUGGAUAAUGGAUAUACAAUUGAUCAUGAAGUAGAAUGUGGGAAACUAAUUACUCUCUUCAGUGCACCAGACUACCCACAAUUUCAGGCUUCAGAGGAGCGACAUAACAAUCGUGGAGCAUAUAUUGUCCUUAAUCCACCUGAUUUUGCUACUCCUGUUUUCCGUAGCUUUGAAGCUGUAAAGCCUCGACCUGCGGCCCACCCGUUCUAUGAUUUCGAAGAAGUGAUCGACUCAGAUGAAGAGUUGAAUUUGGACGCCAUGGACAGUGGCACGUCGAGCCUGUCAUGA